UUUAUAUAAAGCCACGAAGAAGCAUGAACCAGGAAGUGCUUGUAAACCGGUUGGUUUUUACGUAGUUAAAGCAGGAUUAAGCAGUAGUCUUACAAUUUUUUAAUAAAAUGAGAUAAGUGUAGCUGAGUGUUGGAGAUGGGGGAUAACCAGCGGGAGGAGGUCGGAGGAGGAAACUCGGACUGGAUGUCCCGUCUUCCGGAGGAACUACUGGACGUCCCGCUGUGGAACCUAGCCAUUCCCGGGAGCCAUGACAGCAUGUCUUUCUGCCUGGAUGUGUCCUCUCCGGUGCUCGGAUCGGAGUCCUUCCUCCUCAGACUGACCGACCGACUGUUCCCCUGCUGGACCCGGCCCUGCAUUUACCGCUGGUCCACCUCACAGCAAUCUGUCCUCCGGGAUCAGUGUGAGCUCGGCAUUCGCUUCUUGGACCUGCGGAUAGCCCGGAAGCCAGCAGGGGGCAGCAGAUUGUUCUUCGCACACGGAAUCUACACGCUAAUGACCGUCAAGGAGGCUCUGGAGGAACUGGCGUUGUGGCUGGAUGCUCAUCCCAAAGAGAUCAUCAUCAUCUCCUGCUCACACUUUGAAUCUCUGACUGAUGAAGAUCACAUCCAGCUCGUGGAGUUCAUCAUGUCUCUCUUCAGCAAGAAGCUCUGUUUCUCGAAGGACGUUCCCACACUGCGUUCCUGUUGGUCUCGGGGUCAGCAGGUGAUUGUCUCCUAUGAUAACCAGCAGAUGGAGUGGCAGCACCCUGAGCUGUGGCCUAUGAUACCAUACUGGUACGCUAACAGCCCUGACCCAAAGAAAGUGAUUGCUUAUCUGGAGGAGCAGAAACAUCAUGGAAGACCAGAUGGUUUUUACGUCAGCGGUCUGAACCUGACCGAAGAUGCUUUCUACAUCCUCCUCCAUCCCUUUCAAAAUCUGAGGAAGAUGACAACGAGGGCGCUUUCGCUGCUGCUCCACUGGACAGCAGAGCAGCGUCCAGGCCCAGAAGGGGGCGGAGUCAACAUUGUGUGCUGCGAUUUUGUAGGCCUCAGUCGGUUCUGUUGGAUCGUGAUUGGCCUGAACUUCAAACUGCUGAAAGCAGCAGUUUCCAGUAACCACCAGGAUGAACCACUUUAACUGGUUGUACUGGGUUAGUUUGGAACGUUAGUGCUCAGUUUAAAAGAAAAAAACAUUUUGAACAUGUUACCACUAUUGUUUCCAAUCCAAAUCACAAAUGGCUUUGAUAACCACUAUUACCUCUGCAAGGUUUUUGUCUGGUAAACCAACCCACUGUUACCAUUCCUUUAUUUCAUUCCACAUGUGUUACAUCAGAUUAUUGCUGCACACUGCAUAUAUUAUUUCAUGCUUAUUAACUAAUAUUUUAUCUUAAUGUUUUCCUGUUUCACAGUAAUUAUUUUUCAGCCAUCAUAACUGCCACACAUUUGGAAGCAACAAAUAUGGUUUGGAUAUAUAUUUAUAUGUGUAAUAUGUGUGUGUGCUUUUUAAAUCGUAGUUUUAUUCUGUUAAAUCAAAUGUUUUUAUACAAACACUUUUACAGAUUUACAGAAUGAACUCAAUAAAAUUGUUUAGGCUUUAA